UUCAGCACCACAAGCCGAGCAGAGGCAGCGGGCUAGCUAAACGAGACGAGGAGGGACGGAAGACACGGCUCAACAUCAGCACCGAGUCCCCAAAUACCGAAGAAUACCCCCCAGAAACGCCGACACCAACGGGGCAAAAGACUGCAGACAAGAGUUCAGCGAUCAUGUACGAUGCGGCGAGGGUGCCAUCGCCUAAGGAUGGUGCAAACGGGAUGGCCCAGCCGGUGCUGCCCGGAGCGGGAGCAGCUGCAGGAGCAGGAGGGCCGACGCCCACCACAGUCCUACAGUCUAAAACUGAGGAGGGACAGCCAGGUACAGAGGAGGAAGAGGAGGAGGAGGAGCCAGAAGCAGAGCCUGUGCUGGUGAAAAAGCCACACAGAGAGAUUCUGGACCAUGAGAGGAAGAGGAGGGUGGAGCUCAAAUGUAUGGAGCUCCAGGAGAUGAUGGAGGAGCAGGGGUACACAGAAGAAGAGAUCCGGCAGAAAGUGAGUACGUUCAGACAGAUGCUGAUGGACAAGGAAGGCGUCAUCACCAGAGAGGGCUCACACACACAGCCAGUGGUUACCAACCUUCACUACGAGGCCGAUGAGUAUGGACAGAACCAUGAACUGGUCAGCUAUGAAGAUGGAGACUAUGACCAUGAUUACCACAGCGACAACAGGGUAAAGAGGAAAUCAAGCAGCUCUCCAUCCCCUCGUCCAAAGAAACGGAAGAAGAAAAAAUCUGGUCGCAGAAGGAGUCGGUUUGGCAGCUCCUCACCCACUCACAGGGAGAAGAAGAAAAAGAGUGGGAAGAAACACAAGCGAGACAGAUCUGCAUCAGGCUCGAGAAAAAAGAGGAGAUACAGAUCCGGCAGCCCAAAGAACAAACACAAAGACAAGAUCAAACAGAAAAAGAGGUCCCCUGGUGAGACACCCAGCAGGAGUUCACAGCGCCAAGGCAGCUGCUGCAGCUCUCGCAGCGCCUCCCUGUCCUCCACUCGCAGCACCUCCAAAUCUCCCACCAGAUUAAACUCCAAGCACAAGACGGACGGACAGAAGGCGUCCAGCACCUCGCUGUCCCCGGGCACCAACACUCCCGCAGUGUGGCACAACGGGGACCACACCCAGCGGAGCCGCAACGGCCGGGCCGGCAGACUAAACCACGGCGAGGGCGAGAAAGUGCACGAUAAGCUCCGUCUGCUGACCGCUAACUCUGCAGGAAUGCAGUCCGCUCUGCUGAGAGAGCACAAGCUCCACAGCGCCCCCAGCAGGAGCCAGGCGGGACAGAUGUGUGCUGCAGGAGAGGCUGGGGGUGUGGACGGCAGGAACACGGCUGUAGGAAACUCCGUCACCCAGGCGUCGGGGAGGAAAGGGAGCCAGAGAGGCCAGAAUAAGAGCUCCCACUCCCCUGCUCACAGCAGCGACUCGGCCCACUCCCAGCACACCCACACCCACAGGGGGAGGAACUCCCGUCACCACAGAAAGUCAAAAGGUGGCCACUCUUCCAAGCGUCACCACCGCUCCAGUCGGGGUCAGGCGCACCAACGGAGCCAGUCUGCAUCACCGGGACGCCACCCGCACACGUCAGGCAGGAAGAAGGAGGAGCCUCGGAGCAAACCCAACCUCCGGCAGCGCAGCAGCUCCUGGAGCAGCGGGCGCUCGUCUUCACGCUCCGCCUCCAGAGACAGAGGCCCCUCCAAGGCCAAGUCCCCCCACAGCAGACAGAACAACUCCAGAGAGAAAGACAGCCCAAACCGCUCUGACGAUGAUAGCCGGGCUCGCCGCCGCUCACGCAGCUACUCACCCAUUCGCAAAAGGAGAAGAGACUCCCCCAGCUUCAUGGAGGCCCGCAGGAUCACCAGUGCUCGGAAGCGGCCCAUCCCAUACUACCGGCCCAGUCCUUCGUCCUCCAGCUUAGACAGCAGCCCGUCGCGCUCCAGCCGCAGCCGGAGCCGCAGCUACAGCAGCUCCAGCCGCAGCAGGAGCCACAGCCGGAGCCACAGCAGGAGCCGGAGCUGGAGUCGGAGCCGCAGCCGGAGCUGGAGCCGCAGCAAGAGCCACACCCGCAGCCACCACAGCUACUACAGCCGCAGUAGCUACGACAGCCCCGGCGUCUGACACUGACCACUCAGCACGCAAAGAAGGGAAACAAAAACCACGAGAGGAGAAUCAUGAUCUUUAACAGGGCCUCUGCAGGCCCGCACUGCGGUUCAACCAGGGCCCUAACUCCGCACCCCUGGACCGUCAUCUCGCUCUGAGCCUGGAUCAAAGUGGAGAAAUGUAUUUUGAUAUAGCACAUCACUAUGAAAUUGGCUAUCACGUCUCCACGUAAACAAGGCAGUAAAGGAAAUGGGUCACCACAGGUCCAAAUUAAUUUGGCAGAGCCCAAAGAACAAAUCUCGCUGUUUGUUAGCACUUUGUUUCUCUUCUUCCACAAUGCAACCAAAAAUGAAUUCAUUAUGAACUAUAUACUAUAUAAAUAUAUAUAAAUAUAUCCUAACAAUAGGAGCUGAGUAGAAGAUAAACAGAGGACUCAUCAACUGCUUAAUGUACAUUUCAUUCAAAAUUGGACUUUUUUUUCCCCUCGUCAAGUACUCAUCUGCCCCAAAGACUUCCAUCUCAUCGAGGAGCAGAGAUCAACACGAGUUAGAACAAAAGACAAAUGGGCGGACGAAAUGGGGAGCGAAAGAGAAAAGGAACUUUUUUUAUGAUAAAAUGGUAUUGUAUAGGUUUGUCUGUAUAGUGAACUCUUACGUUCUGGCUUUGUAAACUAUGCACUGUAUAUUCCAUCUAGUUUAAGGAGGUUUGUUAAGCAUGAUGCAUCAGGAGAGACUCGCUGCUGGAGGGAGAGAACCUGGCAGGAGCUAGAGCUGCAUCAGUGCUCCCCACUGGCCUAUACAGUACGUCGGGAGGGGGGGAUUAUUUAUUAUGUACUUUUACUCUUCCCUGUUUAAAUUAUUAUGUUGAUUCUGCUAAUCCUGACUGUGUGUGUGUGUGUGUGUGUGUGUGUGUGUGUGUGUGUGCGCGUGUGCGCAUGUGCGCGUGCGUUUACCUCCUGCAUGCAAUGUCCAGUGAGGUAAUUAUUGAUGUGUACACUAAGGCUGCUGUAUGGUAGUGUACAGAAAACUGUCUGCAAAAGGUCUACCAUACACACACGUGUUGACUACAGCUAUUUAUGAUCCUAUUGUAUUUAUUUGUUUAUUUAUUGGGUUAUUUAUUAUUUAAUUUAUUUAUCAUGAGCUGCAAAGCAGUUGGAUCAUGCUUUAAAGACGAGAUUGUGAUGCAAAUGUGUUCCCUGUACCGUUUAUGUCCAUACAAAUCGUGACAAGGCUUGCUGACGCCAUCAGGGUGGAGGUUUUACUGCUGUGUGUUUAAAAUGCUCUUUGUAGCCUUUGGGCAGCGGACGCUCUUCGCCCACAGUUACUGCUACUACGGCACCCCCAGCCUGUUGUAGUGGUUCAUUUUAAUGCAACCAUUGUGGCUCUGCCUGUUUUGAGGAAGGAUAAGCCUCGGAAAAGAGCCCAUGUCCCUGUGUGGAAAGAGGAGUCCAUCAUUCUACUCUACCGUAUGUUUCCAGCCUAUAUUCUAAUCCCUUGUAUAAUGGGCCGCAACAUGUUCCUGUCACAGGUCCCCUUGUUACCAGCUCCCAGAGGAGAAUAUAUGUGAUGUAACCUAGCAUAGCAGAGACGCGACACACAGCUUCAGUAGUACGGUGAACAAACUGGCGACACAAUCAGGGAUCACCCUAAGUCUUCCUUACCAUUCGACCAGCCUCAUUCCCAGUGUCUCAUUCCCAGUGCAACCCAACUGAAAUAAUCUGCAAACAUGUUCAUUUAUUCCAAGUAUAGCAUCGCCCCUUUGGUUCUAUAAGUCAUUCUUUGUAGUGUACAAGUUAUAAUACCUGA